AUGAGUGGCACAACACAGAAAAAGAAUGGAAAUAACUUUCCUGUGGUUUCCGGAACCAAUACGGGGACAGUGGCCUCAUCAAACGCAGUCAUAAACUGCUGCCAAUUCUUUAAUGUAGCCACAGAUUUCUCUGAGAUUGCGCCCAACAGCUCAACAGAUGAAGAAAGCGUUGGAGAAACAUGGUUUCCGGAGUUUCAAGGGUGCCAACUAGGCGGCGUUUCUUUCAGUGAACUAGAGGCAGAGGGAGAAGAUUCUCCAGCAGAUGCUUCCCAGAGUUUUUCUUGUUUUGAUAGACCAAUUGACAACCAGGUUGAAGCAUUUGUGCAUGGUAAUACAUCGGCCACACCCGCACAUGCCAAUGAAUCAGUUUUGCGUCAUCUUCUUUCUACUGUCUUAGGACAUGCAGCGAUAGCGGAAAGUCUUGCCAGGCAGUAUGCCAGUGCGACGAACUUAAUUCGAAUGGAAGUGUGCUCAGCGCUUAGUGCUUGCCAUGCCCAGUGCAUUCGGCUUUGCCGAGCACGACAGGCCUACCUCUCUUCUCUUUCCCAUUUGAAUAAGGUUCAGCAAACCAUGCUGACUCAACAGCUGGCCUGCAUGGUGUGCAAAAGUAGUCUCGUUAAAGAUCUUGUUAAACUCGAGAGGCUAAGAUGCACCGCCAAACGUCUACAAGACUCGCGGCACCUCAUUGAAUCGUUGAAUCUAAGUCCUGUGGAGGAGUAUGCUGCAAGGGAAAUAUUGCAUCGGCUUAGUCUAUCAAAGCCAAAUGGGGCGAAAGCUUGCACUGAGGGAGGCUCUCGUGAAGAGUGUGAACUGCCCAACGAUGACUUGGAGAGAGGAGGACCACCUGCCAUUUCUGCAUUGUCGGCAGACUCCUGUGGUAGCUUCGUCUGCGUGGUAGUGGAGCAGCCUCGUCUUCGCAGAUGUGGGGUGGUAUUUUUUAAUGGGGCGCUUCGGCGAACACAACACGGGCUCUCAUGUCCAGUGAAUCCCAUUUCUCUCCUGGAUAAUUUGAAAUCACCGAGUGCGGUGGAUUCUUCUGCAUUACAUCGAGCGUUGCAAUCUUGCCAAGGACAUGCCCGAAAUGGAUUAGGCAAGGCGCAAGUUGGCCUUUACCACAGCUCUUCUGGUGCUGGUUCUCAUGUACAACACGCAACAAAUGGCCUCCAGAAAUCAAACACAAUUGUAUAUCCACAAGAUGAGAUAAUGCAGAACCCUUCACCCCCUUCUUGUAACCCAAUGGCCCCUGACAUCUCCCGCAUGGCAACCCUGGGCUCCAGAGAAUUAUCAAACUCCGAUGCAAAGGAAAUCCAGGACGCCAGCCAGCGUAGUCCAAAAACUGGAAAUGACUGUAUGGGAUGUACAGAAGAGCAGAUUAAUCCCCAGGGCCAGCUCGAAACGAGUGCUGCUCGGCGGGAAUUCUCCGGCGAUGGUGGUGGGGAUGGGGGCCUACAGAGGGGAUCGCCACGGAGGUGCGACGGGAAACUCUGGAAACACCAAUGCCGAGAUUCGUUCCGGCGCGAAAGCCUUGGUGAGUAUUCACUGGAAAGUGGGGAAAACAGCGUGAACUAA